CACUUACUUCUACUCUGUCCGCUCUUUCAGUCACUUUCUACCUUCUCGACAGUCGACUAGACCCGACAUUCCUGACUUAUGGCCUGUAAAAAGAAGCCAUCCAGAUUAAUAUGCUCUUGAACAUACGCAUCCAUCUGAAUUGACCACCCACACCCACACCAACAUGCCCGACCUGCCCGACGAACCGGAUGAGAUCCGGAGCUGGUCCGGCGAUUUCGACCCAUUGGCCGACCACGACGAGCGGAGAGUGCUCUUUGCGACCUUGGAUUCGUUUCGACAAUACCGACGAACGGCGCACCAGAACACCACGCACCGGCGGCGGCAGGCCUUCUACGCCCUCCCGUCCGCCCACUGGCAGAUGCUCGCGGAGCCGCCGUUCUCCAUCCUCGAUAACUUCAACCGGGUCGACGACGCGAUUGACGUGAACGCUGAGAUCGCCGACGCCAUCCUCGCCACGGGCCUCGCCUCGUUCGGGCUCCCCGCGACCCCGGACCCCGCCGACCCCAGCCAGAACUGGCACGGCACGGCCAAUUCCGCGGACGUGAACAAGGCGCACUCGACCCUGCGCCAGUUCUACCGGGACUGGAGCGCGGAAGGGCAGUCGGAGCGGGAGGCGUGCUAUGCCCCGGUGCUGCAGGACCUGCGCAACGAGUUCGGAGGCCGGGCUGGCGGGACCGAGGAGGAUGAGGUCAAGGUGCUUGUUCCUGGCGCGGGGCUGGGACGACUGGUGUUUGAGGUCUGCGCGGCGGGCUUCGCGGCCGAAGGGAACGAGAUCUCGUAUCAUCAGUUACUGGCGAGUAGCUGGGUGUUGAACCACACGACGGGGGCGCGGCAGCACACGCUGCAUCCGUUCGCGCUGCACUUCUCGAAUCUGCUGUCGCGAGACCAGCAGUUACAGACGGUGCAGAUCCCCGAUACGCACCCGGGGACGACGAUGGUGGAGGCGCAGGGAAGCGCGACGCCGUUCGGGAAGAUGAGCAUGUCGGCGGCGGACUUCACGGUGCUGUACAGCAACCCGAGCAACGAGGCGGUGUUCGACGCGGUGGCCACGGUCUUCUUCAUCGACACGGCGCCCAAUCUGAUCCGGUAUAUCGAGGCGAUCCGACACUGCCUGAAGCCCGGGGGCAUCUGGAUCAACGUCGGACCGCUGCUGUGGCAUUUCGAGGACGGCAGCAACCGCAGCCACGGAGGCAGCGAUGAGACGCAGGACCAGGGGAUUGGCGAGCCGGGCAAUGUGGAGCUGACGGAGACAGAAGUGUUUUGCCUCGUGGAGCGCAUGGGAUUUGCGAUCGAGAAGCGCCAGGCGGGACAUGAGCGGCCGUGGUGUGGGUAUAUUCAAGACCCGAAUAGCAUGCUGGUGCCGCUGUACCGGCCGUCGCAUUGGGUGGCGAGGAAGAAGAUAAAUCUAUGAUAUUGCGAGUGAUUCUGGGUGUGUGGUGUAGUGUGGUGUGGUGUAUAUGGCUGCCUGACAGUAUCUAUCGUAUGGUAAAGAAUGGUACCGGACCAGACAGCCAGACAGACAGACGGAAGAUCGGCGAGGACUUUCAGCCGCAGCGCAACCAACCAAACAAAGAAAACGGGAACCGGGCAAGGCUGGGGAGUCGCGAGGCUUAGCGGCG